CUCGGUCCAGUGCUGUGCAGUCUUUCCGCACUGGCAUCUUCAGUGUGGGCACCCAGCUGUGACAGCCGACACGUGACAGAUCCCAGUACCUGCUCCUCCUCCCUCCCCAAAGGUCCGCAGUCUCUGGCCAUCCCCUGUACUGUGUCCGCAGUCUCUGGCCAUCCCCUGUACUGUGUCCGCAGUCUCUGGCCAUCCCCUGUACUGUGUCCGCAGUCUCUGGCCAUCCCCUGUACUGUGUCCGCAGUCUCUGGCCAUCCCCUGUACUGUGUCCGCAGUCUCUGGCCAUCCCCUGUACUGUGUCCGCAGUCUGUCCCAGUCUCUGGCCAUCCCCUGUACUGUGUCCGCAGUCUCUGGCCAUCCCCUGUACUGUGUCCGCCCUGUACUGUGUCCGCAGUCUCUGGCCAUCCCCUGUACUGUGUCCGCAGUCCAUUGGUUCAGAAUGUUUUUUUUUUUUUUUUUCUUGUUUUUCUCCUCUAA